GGGGGUGAUAACGAACUCAUACAGUUACUUACGGACAUCCUACUGUGUAUAAUGUGGAAAGGCAUUGAGAAAUCUGACGAUGCCGCUUGGAUCGAGAGAGGACAGGUGUUUUCUGCACUGACCAAACUGGGGGUAUCUAAUGAGUUGCUGCGACCUUCUGAUGAAAUAAAACUCAACUUGCUGGAGAAGAUGUUAGAAUGGUCAGUCACUGAUAACAGAGAUUCAAAAGCUCUUCCUACACAUGUUGAAAAUGCCUUCAAGCUCUUACUGAUUGUACAAGAUUUCCUCCAGGCAGAGGGACUAGUUAAUUCAAAUUUAUGGACAGAAAAGCUCUUGGAAGAACUAGUGACUCUCAUGGAUAGUCUGUCAGUCUGGUACUCUGCUGGCCUAGAAGCAAUUAGGCUUUCACAGGUGCAAGUCCAGUUGCUCCUUGGAUUCAUUGCACAAGAUAACUUACAGGUCUGUGCUAUGGCAGCGGCCAAACUAAAUACCCUUCUUCAAACCAAGGUAAUUGAGAGUCAGCCUGAAGCAUGCUACCUCUUGGGGAAGCUGGAAGGCAUCUUGAGUAGAUCAAUUGAAGAGAAGACAGAAACUUACUCAUUUUUGAUUCCCCUUGUUCGGACAUUGGUAUCCAAGAUUUAUGAACUUCUGUUCAUGAACCUGCAUCUCCCUUCGUUGCCUCCUACCAAUGGCAGCCCAUCUUUCUUUGAGGACUUUCAAGAAUACUGCAGCUCUGAUGAGUGGCAAGUUUAUAUUGAUAAAUACAUUAUUCCAAAUAUGAAGCAGUAUGAAGAGAAUUCAUUCAGACAUGAUCACGAGCAGAUGGCACUUUACUGGAAAGAUUGCUAUGAAGCAUUUAUGGUGAACAUGCACAAGCGAGACCGGGAGAGAGGAGAAAGUAAGCUUAAAUUUCAGGAGCAUUUUGUGGAACCAUUCAGCAGAAAGGCUCGACAGGAAAAUCUGCGGUACAACAGUAUGCUAAAGCAACUUAACAGUCAACACACAGCUACUCUGAGACAGUGGAGAGCAGCCCAACUGUACUUGCUCUCUGAACGUGGUCCUUGGUCUGAAAUGAAACAGCAUCCUAUUCACUGGAAGCUUUCAAAUGUGGAAAAUUUUUCACGUAUGAGACUAAAACUAGUACAGAAUUACAACUUCAACUCUCAUCAGGAUGCUAGUGACCUGAGAGAUAAUUUAGGUGUGCAUCAGACACAGCCCUCUAGUGAGUCUCUGCUUCUGGAGGUGGUGAAGCAGGUGAAAGUGAGUGACUUGGAAGAUGAUGUUCUUGAACUACCUGAAGAAGACACAGCAGCCAGUUCCAAUUUGGAUGACAAGGAUGAGCAAAGUCAGAAAGAAAAACUAAUAUUGUCUGAAGACUGCGAACUCAUUACAGUAAUUGAUGUGAUACCUGGCAGGCUGGAGAUCACUACCCAGCACAUCUAUUUCUUUGAUGGUAGCAUUGAAAAAGAGGAAGGGGUAGGUUUUGAUUUCAAAUGGCACCUUUCUCAAAUUCGAGAGAUACAUUUGCGUCGGUACAACCUGAGAAGGUCAGCUUUGGAGAUCUUCCUUACAGAUCAAACCAACUAUUUCCUCAACUUCAAUAAGGAGGUACGAAACAAAGUAUAUAGUCGAAUAUUGUCGCUGCGUUCUCCAAAUAUUUCUGGGACCAGAUCUCCACAGGAACUUUUUAAAGCUUCAGGCUUAAUGCAGAAAUGGGUGAAUAGAGAAAUAUCCAACUUUGACUACCUUAUUCAGCUGAACACAAUGGCAGGACGAACUUACAAUGACCUUGCUCAAUACCCUGUGUUCCCCUGGAUUUUACGAGAUUAUACUUCAGAAGAACUGGACCUGAAUAAUCCUGCAGUCUUUAGGGAUCUGUCCAAACCCAUAGGGGUGGUAAAUGAGAAGAAUGCUAAGGCUGUGAAAGAGAAAUAUGAGAAUUUUGAGGAUCCCCUUGGGAUGAUUGACAAAUUUCACUAUGGGACACAUUACUCAAAUGCUGCUGGUGUCAUGCAUUACCUCAUUCGGGUAGAACCUUUCACAACACUUCAUAUCCAACUUCAAAGUGGCAGAUUCGACUGUGCUGACAGGCAGUUCCACUCUAUUCCUGCUACCUGGCAGGCACUCAUGGACAACCCCAAUGAUGUCAAGGAACUUAUCCCAGAGUUCUUCUACUUCCCAGAGUUCCUGGAGAAUCAAAAUGGUUUUAACUUGGGUCAGCUUCAAAUAUCCAAAGAGGUGGUAAAUGAUGUUGUUCUCCCCAAAUGGGCCCACUCCCCAGAAGACUUCAUUUAUAAACACAGGAAGGCUCUGGAAUCUGAGUAUGUUUCUGCUCAUCUUCAUGAAUGGAUAGAUUUGAUUUUUGGCUACAAGCAGAGGGGACCAGCUGCAGUGGAGGCACUCAAUGUGUUCUAUUAUUGUACUUAUGAAGGGGCUGUGGAUUUGGAUGCUUUAACAGACGAGAAAGAAAGGAAAGCUUUAGAAGGGAUGAUAAACAAUUUUGGGCAAACUCCCUGCCAGCUGUUAAAGGAGCCCCAUCCACAAAGGCUGUCAGCAGAAGAGGUACUGCAAAGACUAACUAAAAGUGAUACCUCUACUUUGAAUCUCUUCCAACACCUCACUGAACUGAAGUCAUUCUUCAUAGAGGGAAUCAGUGAUGGUGUGCCCAUUGUCAAAGCUGUUGUUCCCAGGAAUCAGUCACGUUCUUUUAUUUCUCAGGGAAGCCCAGAGAUUUUGGUAACGGCAAGCCUGAACUGUAUUAUUGGAACUCAUGGUUGGCUACCGUAUGAUAAAAACAUCUCCAACUAUUUUACGUUCAUCAGGGAUACCACAGUGACAAAUCCCAAAACACAACGUAGUGUGAGUGGUCCUUUUGCGCCAGGACUGGAGAUCACCUCUAAGUUGUUUGCAGUAUCCCAUGAUGCAAAACUGCUCUUCAGUGGAGGACACUGGGACAACAGCAUCAGAGUGACAUCGCUUACAAAAGGCAAGCUGAUUGGACAGCACAUCAGGCACAUGGAUAUUGUGACCUGCUUGGCAAUAGACUACUGUGGAAUUAAUUUAAUUUCGGGCUCCAGAGAUACUACCUGUAUGAUAUGGCACAUAAUUCAUCAGGGAGGAGUGCCUGUAGGCCUGGCACCUAAGCCAUUACAGAUCCUUUAUGGGCAUACUGAUGAAGUUUCGAGUGUUGGCAUCAGCACUGAGCUGGAUAUGGCAGUGUCGGGAUCCAGGGAUGGGACUGUUAUUGUCCGCACUAUUCGGAAAGGUCAGUAUGUGAGGACUUUACGACCACCUUGUGAGAGUUCUCUCCUGCUGACUGUUCCCAACCUGGCUGUGUCCUGGGAAGGCCAUAUAGUUGUCCACACCAGCAUAGAAGGAAAGACUACUCUUAAGGAUAAGAAUGCAUUACAUCUCUAUUCUGUCAAUGGAAAAUACCUGGGUUCUGAGACUCUGAAGGAGGAAGUGUCAGAUAUGUGUGUGACUGGCGAGUAUAUUGUGAUGGGCAGCUUACAGGGAUUUCUUUCCAUACGGGAUCUCUACAGCCUGAGUUUGACCAUCUCCCCCUUAGCCAUGAGACUGCCAAUUCACUGCAUUUCUGUCACCAAAGAGUAUAGCCACAUCCUUGUUGGCUUGGAGGACGGCAAGUUGAUUAUCGUUGGUGUUGGCAAGCCAGCAGAGAUGCGCUCAGGUCAGCUUUCCCGAAAGCUGUGGGGAUCAAGCAAACGGCUCAGCCAGAUUUCAUCAGGAGAGACUGAAUAUAACACUCAAGAUUCCAAGUGA